CUGCUGCUUUUCCCCACAGAGCCCGGCUGAGCCAUGUGGAGCUGUGGCCCGCUCAACGGCACGGGCAGGGGCGAGGACCAGCUCCUCUGCCAGCACUUUCACCUGGUCCUGUCUGUCUUCUCCCUGCUCUACCUGGUCGUCGGCAUCCCAGUUGGCCUGGGCUACAACGCCUUGUUGAUCCUGGUCAACCUGUGCGACCAGAGCAGCAUGACCAUGCCCGAUGUCUACUUUGUGAACAUGGCCGUGGCAGGCCUGGUGCUCAGCGCCCUGGCACCCGCACACCUCCUGGGCCCCACCACCUCCGGGUGGGUGCUGUGGGGCUUCAGCAGUGAGGUCCACAUCACGCUGCUGGUGCUGUUCAACGUCUGCUCCCUGGUGACCAUGUACUCCACGGCCCUGCUCUGCCUCGACUACUACAUCGAGCGGGCCCUGCCGCGCACCUACAUGUCCAGCGUCUACAACACCAGGCACGUGUGCGGCUUCGUCUGGGGUGGGGCCCUGCUCACCAGCUUCUCCUCCCUGCUCUUCUACAUCUGCAGCCAUGUGGCGGCCAGGAUCAUCGAGUGCUCCAGGAUGCAGGAUGCUGAGGCCACCGAUGCCAUCAUGGUGUUCAUCGGGUACCUGGUGCCCGCCCUGGCCGUGCUCUAUGCUCUCGUGCUCAUCUCACGGAUUCGGAAGGAGGAUACGCCCCUCGACCAGGAUGCGGGGAGGCUGGACCCGUCGGUACACAGGUUGCUGGUGGCCACUGUGUGCACACAGUUUGGGCUCUGGACGCCGCACUACCUGACCCUCCUGGGGCACACGUUCCUCACCUCCCGGGGGAAGCCCGUGGACGGGUACGACCUGGGAAUACUGCUCUUCACUAAGGAUCUGUCGCGGUUCUUGGCCUUCUCCAGCAGCUCCGUGAUGCCGCUUCUUUACCGCUACAUCAACAGAAACUUUCCCGGCAAACUCCGGCAACUGAUAAAGAAAAUGCACUGUGGGCACCAGAGCUGCUCCAUGGACCACGCGGGGGCACAGCAGGUGAUGGCGUAGACGGCAGCUCCGCAGGCAUGGCCCCCCUGAGCACUGGUCCUGGGCGCCACUGUCAGUGCCCACCGUGGGGUCAGCUGACAGAGGUGCCAUGGUGCACGCCCUGGAGGCAUAGUCUCCGGUGACCAAGCUCAGGCCUGUCGCUCUCUCCCUCCUGGGUCCCAAGUCUUAGGAGAGGAGGUGGCUGCCGCUUCGACUAGAUGCACAGCAACUUUGUCACCAGCACGCUGUCGCUCUCUUCCCCAGAAGGAGCCACACUGAGGCCAGAACAGUACCAGGUGUGUUCUCUUGAAGUUCUCGGUGUUUUUCCAAAAAAGGCCACGCUUAAGCCAAGGCCAUAUUGUUCAAAGCAAUAGGUGCCUGGUGUGAAGAUAAGCCGUGUUAACUCACCUGCUUCUCCUAGAGGUGUGUGCGUUUCUCCCACAUAUGUCUUUCGGGUCCACGCCCUCAGCAACCUACUUACUACCUUCAGCCUCCUUGACAUCAGGCUUUCUAAACGAAGUCAUGAAAAUCUAAAGCCAGUAUUUAUACUUUGUAUUGUUAAAAUACUUGAUUCCCCCUCUUAUUUUUUUGUUUGCUUAUAAAAAGAGAUAUUUGAUAGAAAAGUCACAACGUAUUAAAAUGAAGAAAACAAUACAAAAGAACACGCACAUCGGACUGGGGUGGGUGGACCGUGCUGCUGAAGAGUCAGGUCUGUGGAGGCGGCCAGGGCCGUGCAGGCAUGUGAGGAAAGGCUUCUGGGAACAUGCUUGCGUCCAUGCAGGGGUGUGUAAAAAUAUUUCAGCAAGGAAGAGUCCGAGAUGUGCCUGGUCGUAAGCAGGGAGUAAUUAAGCAGCGCUGUGCUCUCUCCUUAUCCACUUGAUGCACCUGGUACCCUCCUUCUGCCUCCCAGGUAACAUCCACUGACCUGUGUUCAGUAUGGGUCUGUCCUUCUAAAUCACUCCCUAAAGUGCGCACAAAACUAAAGAAUAUAAAUAAACUGAAGGAAAAAAUGCAGAUGGGAUUUCUAACCUAACUCAGAAGCUGGAAGGGCCUGCCCAGGGGGGAGAGAUCUGGAGGGCUGAUCGUCCUGUGACGUCUGGUCCGGAGCGGGGACCGGGGAGUGAUUCUGGCUCUCUGAGAAUGAAGCAUGAUCAACAUCUUGCAUCUGUCAGGUCCUCAUUAACUGACACUGCAGGGUAAUCUAAUUCGGGCCUGCUUCACUGGCAGGAGCUGCGUGGGUGUCAGCGGGAAGGCAAACACAGGCGGCGCAGGAGCCACAGCCCCCUCCCUGCCACCACAUCUGCACCUAGCAGAGGGCCCUCUAUCAAUCUAGAUCCUUCCACCGCCCCACAUUCUGUAAACGUCUACUUUAAAAACGUGGAAAUGGAAAGAACCUCCUUUCCUCGACACCAUCUCAAGUCUUUAUGAUUAAAUUACAGGCCCAUAACCCUCUAAUCCCCAAGUCUGAAACCCAGAAAGCUCUAAAAACAAAGAUAUUUUCCCCCAAGUUUGCAGCAAAUUCAUUUGGUAGUGAACCCUGACCUGAGUGGUAUGAGGGCAGCUUGCUGAAGGAAGGUGAAUGAUUAUGGGCCCACUGCGGCCCACCUGUGUUCUGUGAGACACGGUACAUGCAGCGUCCUGACCUCUGACCACCUGACAGAUCUGAGUUCUGACACAUCUGGCCCCAAGGAUAACUGUGGCUCUCUUUUUGUGUAUUGCACAUGGGGAAACCACCACACUUGGUCCUAGUGUCUUGGGAAAUUUAGCCCAUGGGUUAGUUAUCAGUUUACCACGUGCACAAUAGAUCCCCUCCAGGAUGCUGUGCCCGAAUCGAGUCUGCCUGUGCAGAAUCAUGACAAUACACUGGACGCGACGGCCCUGGUCCUACCUGCCCCACGCAGCUGUGACACUCUGGACAGCUUCUAUGGAGCUGUCCACUUUCCUGCCAGUAAACCUCGGGGCUGAAUGAGAGGUUUCUGGGUUGCUUCUGUUGGUGAGUGUGCUGUUUCUACUUGAGGGCACAGCCACUCCCUCUGCCGCUCCAGUCGUCAGGUGUGCCAGGAUUUCUCUUCAAAUCCUGAAAGCCUCAGGCCUGACACCCUCUACUCCUCACACACAUGGCCCUGUGGAGAGUCUGUUUCUCUCAGGAAUGACCCUAGGGCUGCAAGGCAGGGGGUCCUGUGUUCAUGGCUCUCUUGGAAACCCUGGUGUUGGCUGAGGGAGUGGCAAGUGUGAUCCCAGAGUCCCCAGCACAGCAAGGGACUGGAAUCUCCACAUGCCCACUGCCUCUCAGUCUGUAGUUCUCUCCUGGGCGAGCAGGCUUGGGGCCAAGGUCAGGCCAAGGUCCCCGUCACACAGCCUAGCCCUUGGGUCAGAGAGCCAGCACUACCAUUAGGGGAAAGGUAUCUGGUGGGUGGGCUGGUUUAUGGUGGCAAAGUCGGGUUUAAAACAGACACUCUGAUCCUUGCUUAUCCUUUGCUCCAGGACAAAGCUCCUGGGAACGGGGCAAUCCCAAAAGCACAGACCCGAGAAGCACACAUACCUCUGCCCACAGCUGCGACCCCUCAGCCCAGCUGUCUUCCUCAAGCAGAGGAGGAGGCCUAAGCUCAUGUUUUUUUUCUUUUCAAUUUCUCAGUGGCUUUGGUUGCAAACUGGCUGGCUAGUCUCUGGGGGCCUCCUGGGAGGCUCGUGCUGGGGCAGCCAUGCAUUUCUCUGUCCCUUCCCUGUCCAGUGCCCACCUCUGCUGGUGACAGAGGGGCCCUGGGGACAUGCUGGCAGCCUGGUCGGCUCUUCCCGGUGGAGCACAAGCCUGGUGCAGACCCUCACCUCUAACUGAGACGCUCUACUGCUGAUGCUGAUCUGGGAUCCCACCUCCACAUGAGGAGCAAACCCACAGACAUGCCUUCAUCUCUGUCCCACCCCUUCCCACUGAGGACACCUCUGCCACUAACCCACAUGGGCUUAUCGACGUUCUUGUGCCAGAUUCAUCCGGGACUUGCAUUUCUCUUACUUCCCCGGGAUGUCUGAUUCCCAAUAUUUCUGCCACGUUGCCAAAAAAAUGGACAGAAUUUUGAGCUACUCAGAGGAUAAAGAGAAGCUAUUCGGAAAAAGCCAAGGAAGACUGUGAACUCAAUCCUAACUUUUUUAAAUUGACUAGUCCUGUGUUUCUUCAAAUAAGUUCGCAAGAUACAAGUUUUUCAGUUUAUGUUCCAAAGUCAUUAAUUUUGCUAUCCACACUUCUUGACUAUUAUAAUUUUAAAAUUAAUAAUCUUACUUUUGUUAAUCCACAAAAACUCAUCUA